AUGGUUUCUCGAAGUGGUGCAGCAAAGCAGUCAUCCUCGAUGCAUGAACAACUCCUGCAGCUUCUUCAGCAGCAGGUGGCUAUAGAAGAACGGCUGAAAGGACAGCGUGUCCUAAUGCAGCGCAUCACGGAGGGGUUUGCGGUUCUUCGGGAACGGGCUACGCGCCACGCUCACCAUGGUCUCUCCCUGCAUGAUCUUCUUGUGCUGGAGGCGUACGGUAGCAUCAGGCCCUGCCGCAAUGCAGCAGCACCGAGGAGGAAGGAAGAAGAGGAAGGGGAAGAAGAUGAUGACAGGAAUAACCAUGAUGAGUCUUACUCUCUGGGGUCAGGCAAUCCAGCGUGGCAGCAGCAUCAUCAGUUGCAUGAGGCAAAGCGGGCGUAUAGGUCAUUUAUACGAGCGCGUCUGUUGGAUGAGGGAUGCGCGACACCAGACAACCCUGUGCAGUUUCAUACUCUUACAGCAGACUCUUUUUAUCUUCUUCUCCCACACUUGACAGAGUUGUUGCAGGAGUUUGUGAGACUCACACCUGGAGCUGCUCAGACGGAGCCGCCUGAUGGGUCUAUUUCUUGCAUGUGUUUACCGCAGCCGCCCUCAUCGUCAUUACUGUCGCUGCUGGGCUUGCUUUCUUUCACUUCUGUGACCGAGGAAUGUGCGUCACUCGCUCGUGUGUUACGUUUUCUGGAACUUGGCUUAAAACACUUUUCAGAGGUACUUGAGAACAGUCAUCUGCGGCCCGUUCUGGUGCAGAAUUUGGUACAAUUACACGCUGGUGGCAAAAACCGUGGACACACGGGCGAGGAGGUGGCGGUGCAGUUAUGCCAGCGUGCAGGUGUGUUGUGUGAGCAUCUCCGCCACCUCACUGUGGAAGACAGCCAUAACUACGACGAUGGGAUUAAUGAGCUCCACCACCACCACCGUGACCUUCAUUGGACAACCCUGCAGUAG